AUGACGAAAUCUCGGUUGAAGAGAAUUCGUGCGCGUCUGGCGCUGCUGGCCAAGGCUGAACGAGGCGAAGUCAAGGUCGGAGGCCAGCUGGAGAAGUCGAAGAGCAAGCUGAAGGCUGAGGCUCAAAAAAAGCAGGGAGUGAAAGGGACACAAAAGAAACCGACGGGGAAACGCGACGGAACGGGCAAUGGGAAGCAAAAGUCAGCUUCGGCGGCGCGAAAACUAACCGGUUCGCAGAAGAAAAAGCUGAACAAAAUCUGCCUCCGUUGUAGAAAGAAAGGCCACUUGCUGGAGAAUUGCCCGCUUGCCCAGUCCAGUGCCACAGGGUCUUCUGCCGCGGAGAAUGACACAACGCAAAGCGACGCCAAAAGUGGACCGGUGAUGAGCGGCAUUUGCUUCAACUGCGGCGCGACGGACCACACACUGAAGAACUGCAAAAAAAAGCGCAAGCCAGACGGGGCGCUACCGUUCGCAUUAUGCUUCAUCUGUGGCAACAGAGGGCACUUGUCUUCUGGUUGUCCUAAGUCUACAACAGGUUCCUGCCACACAUGUGGGUCGAUUUAUCAUCUCCAGAUCGAGUGUCCUGAAUUCCAGCGCCAGCAGAAAGAGCGUUUGAGCCAGGAGAAACAGAGACGCUCGGCGGCUGGCAAUUCGCAUGGUCGCACUGAAAACAAGGAAGAACACAAAGGAAAAGUGCAUGCAAAAGAUCGAGGGGGUGCAACGGCUCGGAAUGCUCACAGAAAAAACCAAGAGCCUGACCCAGACGAGUUUUGGAUGGGUCAGAGCGGUUAG